UGUUCUGGUUGUUUUCUUGGAAUUCUUUGGAAAAAUACUCUAGGGGAGAUCGUGGAUAGCAUGUAUGUUUCAUCAGGUAUUCCAGAGUGGAGGAAAUUGGUAACUCAACGAAAGAGUGGGAAAACGAAAGGAAAAAUGGAUGUCUGUAUUAUCAGUCCAGAGGGAAGAAAAUUUCGUUCGCGCGCUGAGCUGCAGAGGUACCUUUCACGUACAACUGAGGAAAGUCACCCCUCGAUCGAAGAUUUUGAUUUCCGAGUUCCUAAUUCUCUUGCAGUUUCAGAUAUCGAUUGUAUUUCAAGCGGGUUCAAUGAUCUAGCAGAGGCGAUAAAGCGGGAAACACCACAAGAUGAAGUAGGAAACAAACACGUAUUCACCCUACAGAGGACUUUGAAUCCUCAAAAGACUUCUCCGUAUUUUCUAAAAGCUAACAGUUUGCGAAAAGAACUAGUACAACAUCGCAAUUUAAAACGACGGUUACGAAGCGAGUCUGUCCCUGAAAAUCGUUUUAGAGUCACACAUAAUAAAAGAGUUAGAAAGUCGAAGACAGACGAAAGUAGAAAGUUCAUAUGCAAUAAACGGAAAGAGGCGCGAAAACAAGCAGCUGAUGGUUUCAAAUAUCGUAAGAUCUCAAGUAAAAGAAAAGUGAGAAACUCGAACACUUUAAAGUUAACCGAGAUGAAUGGUCCUGAUGAAAAUACAAAUUGUGACAAUCAAACAGGAAGUGAAAUUACAGCUACUACUGUUUCGAGUCACUACUUCAAAUCAAGUGAUCCAGUCUUCAAAAAUUCAAAAUUUGUAUCCAAGUGGAUCCCUCCUAAAUCUCCGUUCAAUUUGAUUCAAGAGAGCCUUUUCCAUGACCCAUGGAAACUGCUUGUUGCAACUAUAUUUCUAAACAGAACAUCAGGAAGGAAAGCUAUUCCAAUCAUGUGGGAUUUUUUUAAGAAAUAUCCUGAUCCCGAAGUUACAAAAAUAGCGGAUUGGAAAAGAAUUGCGGAGCUCCUCCAACCAUUGGGUCUACAUGAAAAAAGAGCCAAAAUCAUCAUAAGAUUUUCAGAGGAAUUCCUUACUAAAGACUGGACUUACCCAAUUGAGUUGUAUGGCAUUGGAAAAUAUGGAGAUGAUUCAUAUAAAAUAUUUUGCCUUGGUGACUGGAAGAGUGUUACCCCUAAUGACCGUAAGCUCAACUUUUAUCACAAAUGGCUUUUGGAGCAAGAUAAAGAAGGAUUUUGAAUAUCCAAAACUUCAUCAACAUGUUAUGCACUAAGGUAAUACUUUUAUUGAAACUAAAUAACAGUUGCAAACCUUGCAAAGAUUAUCUGUCAAUUUUUCGGGUAUUUCUGUUCUGGAAAA